CAAAACCCAUAUCGGCAUAUCAUCUCAGAUUGUUCCAAAAAUCAAAACCCAUAUCUUUCAGUUUCCGUCGCCCACUGUUCCAGUUCGGGUUCGCCUCAGCCGCUGUCUCUCAACUCUCAAGGUUAAAUUUGGCAUCAGAAAUAAUUCAUCAACCCUAGCCUUCCCUUUCCUUCCAUUUCCUCCCAUUUUUUGGAGGAUAAGAAAAUUACUGUUCAAAGCUUGUGAUAUCCUUCCGAAACCUUCCCUUUCCUUUCCUUCCAACCAUUUAUGCCAAACACAAAUUUUUAAUCACCCAUCACCUUUCCUUUCCUUUCCUCCCUUUUCCAUUGCACCAAACUGACCAGAAGGCUCGAAGUCGAAGGAUAAAGAUUUGGGUUUAGGGUUUGGGAGAUUAGCUUCAGUUUCAUCCGGAGCAGCGCCGAAAAUAUUACAAAUAACUCAUCCAAUUUAUGAAAAUGGAGGACGAUGAUUAUGUCGAAUACAUCCCGGUGAACAAGCGUAGGGCUAUUGAAGCGCAAAAAGUUCUCCAGCGCAAGGGGAAAUCAUCAGCAUUUGAAGAUGAUACUGAGAAAUUAAAAUUAGCUGAAGCCAAACCCAGUUUGCUUAUCAAGGCAUCUCAGCUUAAGCGGGACCAACCAGAGAUUAGUCCCACUGAACAAAUAGUGCAACAAGAAAAGGAGAUGAUUGAACAUUUGUCGGAUCGUAAGACUUUGAUGUCUGUUCGUGAACUUGCAAAAGGUAUAACUUACACGGAGCCAUUGUUAACAGGAUGGAAACCACCAUUACUAAUUAGAAGGAUGUCCAAGAAAGCCUGUGAUGUCCUUCGGAAGCAGUGGCAUAUUAUCGUGGAUGGUGAAGAUAUACCCCCACCGAUCAAGAAUUUCAAGGAUAUGCGAUUUCCAGAGCCAAUUUUGAAGAUGCUGAAAGCUAAGGGAAUUGUACAACCAACACCCAUUCAAGUGCAGGGACUUCCUGUUAUUUUAUCGGGAAGGGAUAUGAUUGGCAUUGCAUUCACAGGUUCUGGCAAGACAUUGGUUUUUGUGUUGCCACUUAUCAUGGUGGCACUGCAAGAAGAAUUGAUGAUGCCUAUUGUUCCCGGGGAAGGGCCAUUUGGGUUGAUAAUUUGCCCAUCGAGAGAGCUUGCUAGGCAGACCUAUGACGUUGUGGAGGAGUUUCUGGCUCCCUUGAGGGAGCAUGGUUAUCCAGAAUUGAGACCAUUGCUUUGCAUUGGGGGGGUUGAUAUGAGGUCGCAGUUGGAGGUCGUGAAGAAGGGUGUUCAUAUCGUUGUUGCUACCCCUGGGAGGUUGAAGGAUAUGCUUGCAAAAAAGAAGAUGAGUCUUGAUAAUUGCAGGUAUUUGACAUUAGAUGAGGCAGACAGGUUGGUAGAUCUGGGCUUUGAAGAUGACAUAAGAGAAGUCUUUGAUCACUUCAAAGCUCAGAGACAAACUCUUCUAUUUUCUGCUACCAUGCCUACAAAGAUUCAGAAUUUUGCUAGAAGUGCGUUGGUUAAGCCUGUGACUGUCAACGUGGGAAGGGCUGGAGCUGCAAAUCUCGAUGUGAUUCAAGAAGUUGAGUAUGUGAAGCAGGAGGCAAAGAUUGUUUAUCUUCUCGAAUGCUUGCAGAAGACCCCUCCUCCCGUGUUAAUAUUCUGUGAAAACAAAGCUGAUGUGGAUGACAUUCACGAGUAUCUUCUUCUGAAAGGAGUUGAAGCAGUGGCAAUUCAUGGAGGCAAGGAUCAAGAAGAGAGAGAAUAUGCCAUUUCGUCCUUCAAAGCAGGCAAGAAAGAUGUAUUGGUUGCAACAGAUGUUGCCUCGAAGGGUUUGGAUUUUCCUGACAUUCAGCACGUUAUUAAUUACGAUAUGCCUGCUGAAAUUGAGAACUAUGUCCAUAGGAUUGGACGAACAGGAAGAUGUGGGAAGACGGGAAUAGCAACAACAUUUAUUAACAAAAAUCAAAGUGAGACGACACUUCUCGAUUUGAAGCACCUGUUGCAAGAAGCAAAACAGAGGAUACCUCCAGUGCUGGCUGAGCUUAAUGAUCCAAUGGAAGAUGGGGAAGCAAUUACAAAUGCAAGUGGAGUGAAAGGUUGUGCAUAUUGUGGUGGGCUUGGCCAUCGCAUCCGCGAUUGCCCCAAGUUGGAGCAUCAGAAAAGUAUGCAAAUAGCUAGCUCUAGGAGGGAUUAUUUUGGUGGUGGGGGUUAUAGAGGAGAAAUCUGAUAUUUAUUGCUUUUACCUAUUUGAAUGCAAUAACACUCAGCACCAAUCUGAUAUCCAGAUUCUUUAUGCUUGUAGAUUGUAUAAGUUACUGUACAAAUUUGAUGUUUGUUUGUUAAUGGCACUAAAUGGUAUCGCGUCGUUGAACAGGUUGAUGUUCAACGGCAGUUGUGAACUGAAA